AUGGAUGAGGAUAUCCCACAGUUGGUAGAAGAUGUUUCUGAAAUCAAGGGAGAGUUGAUUGUUGACCCUUCGAAUCCUGUCUCCGUUAUAAGAAAUGCUGUAGACGAAUCAGUUAAGGUGCCCAUAUCGAUAAUCACUGGCUACUUAGGAUCAGGUAAAUCCACCCUACUGAAAAGUAUAGCAGAAAAAGGAGAUAGAAAACUAGCAGUCAUACUGAACGAAUUUGGAGAUUCUGUAGAAAUUGAAAAGAGUCUAACCAUUCAAGAUAAGGGAGAAAGUUACGAAGAAUGGUUGGAUCUGGGAAAUGGAUGUUUAUGCUGCUCUGUCAAGGAUAAUGGAGUUGCAGCAAUAGAGAGAUUGAUAGCCAAGAAGGCCGGUUUCGACUACAUUCUGCUUGAAACAACAGGUGUUGCUGAUCCAGGUCCUAUUGUUAAUAUGUUUUGGGUAGAUGACGGAUUAGCGAGUAAUGUGUAUAUUGACGGGGUUGUGUGUGUUUUGGAUAGUGAGCACGUUGAAUCCUGCCUUGACGAUGUUGGAGGACAUUGGCACGGAGAGGAUAUAUCAACAGAAACAGACGGGACGACGACCGCUCAUUUACAGAUUGCACUCGCCGAUGUCAUUCUCCUGAAUAAACGUGAUAGAAUCAACGAACAAGACGAGGCUCGCAUCAAGAAACGGAUUAAAACGAUCAACAGCAUUGCUCCGAUAUAUGAAACGCAAUUUGGGGACAUUGACUUAUCCAAGAUCUUAGACCUUCACGCAUAUGAAAACAGAGACAUAGAAAGCAUACAAUCGAUCAAGCCAAGUUUUCAUGAUUCUAGAAUUUCCACAAUUUGCAUCGAUUUGCCCCUCUUCGAUUUCACCAGCUUGCAAAAAUUUGAGCACAUACUCCAAGAAGCCCUUUGGGAGGGUUCAUUCGGCUCGUUAGAGGUCGAUAUUCAUAGAACUAAAGCUUUACUGGCAUUUCCGGACGGGUUCAAAGUGGUCCAAGGAGUUCGUCAAACGUACGACAUUAUCGACAGUCCAAACACUGGCUCGAGCUCGCCCUACACAACAGGAAAGCUAGUUCUAAUAGGAAAGAAUCUGGACCAAGAAAGAAUCGCCAACCACAUCAACUCAAUACUUAGCAACUGA